GCAGCAGCGACCCCUCUCGCGGCUAUUACAAGCGGCCAGAAGAAACCCCAAAGCAAAUAGCGGAGGGCUUCAAUCGUUACAACAGUUUGAACAAAAAAGCGCUCGAGGCCCUCAUGCGUGGCGUUGAAAAAGGUCCCGAAAGAGACGCGAAAAUCGCAAAAAUGCUCAGGACAAAAAAGGAUUUGACAGAAGACGAAAAAAUAGACUGGAUGUCAAAAGACCAAAAAAAUGCGGCAAAAGCCCAGAAGCCAAAGCGCAAAACAAAAUUCUGGAAGCGUUCUGGUGACAAGAAAUACAAGGCGAGCAGUAGCAGCAGCGACCCCUUUCGCGGCUAUUACGAGCCGCCAGAAAAAACCAAAGAGCAAAUAGCGAAACGUUCAAAUCGUCCCAACAGUUCUCGCAGGAAAGUGAUCGAGGCCCUCAUGGGUGACAAUGAGAGCGGUCCCGAAAGAGACGCGAAACUCGCAGAGAUGGACAGGGAAAGGAAGGAUUUGACAGGAGACGAAAAGAUAGACUGGAUCUCCUUUUACGGUAGAGGUCCACAAGAAACCCAAGAGGAAAAGGUGGCGCGGAGAACGCGAUUGACCAGCUCUGACGAAAGACUGUUGAAGAACGGAGUCUUUGGUACUUCGGAGACAGCCAAUCAGAACGACAACCCUCAAAAGAACUAAGCAAACAACCCCCGCCGGCAAACAAGCUGGGUUUCAAAGUUGAGAAGGUCAAAAAA